CAGCCGCAGCGGCACAGAGGAAGAGAAUCGACGAACUGAUCCAGCAAAGACUACCACUCAUCCAGCGUCUCCCCGUAGAGGUGCUCGUGUCAAUCCUUCACCUUGCUCUCUGUGGAACCAAUCCUUCAGAAAAAGGUACCCUGGCACUUGUAUCGCGGCGUUGGAGAGAUGUAAUUCUGGACCUAUCCGAUUUUCUGGUCCGCGAUAGAGAUUCUGUUCUCGGAGGAGUUAAGCCCUGCUGUGAGCCUCCAUUUGGAGAAAAGUGGCGAGGAACUGCUCGAUAUAACUGUUAGAGUUGGGUCGGACAGAUACCACGGUACCCUUUAUAAAGGUCUGGACCUCCUUGUUUCUUGUGCAAACCGUUGGCGCAGUCUUUCCGUCUGUUCAUGGGCCUCUUCUACAACCAUGCCGCAGUCUAUUUUAGACCGUCUCGGUGCUGUCAAGUUUCCAUCGUUGAACCGUGUUGAGUUCGGGCCGGUAGUAGAUGCCUUUCCUACUUUCCUUUCCCCAACUAGUGUCGAGGUUCUGGAGCAUUUGAAAAUCUCAUUUAUUAAUAAUGAUCCACACUCAACGCCUGGCACAUCAUUGUUCAUGCAGAUGCCGGCUCUGACACUGGUGACAUUAUCACUUUCGGGUGAUAUACCACAGUGGUCACUCCAACCAAACAGUGUCUACUUUCCUGUUCUUGAGACCCUACAAUUCUGGCUCAGAAAUGCAGAUGAUUUCUUCAAAGCAAUCAUAGCUCCGAAGCUCACAUAUCUUGAGUAUGGUGCUGUCUCGAAAAUUCUGCCUUCUACUGUCUUCAGCGGUUUGGCGGACAAGUUCAGUAGCGUCAGGAAGAUGUCUUUGCCAAUGUUCUCAAUCAGACUGAAUACGCUGGAUGCUCUGGCUCUUUGCAGAGCAUUUCCGAGAGUUCUCCAUGCGGAAUUUGACUCGGCAUGUACGCUGUCGGCUUUUUUCCGCCCCUGCAAAGGUAUCGAUGGGUUGCGAUCUCCCGCAGAUUACUGGGAAAGCCUCGAGACUGUGGUAUUUGAUCGCUUUGACCCUGGUAUAUGGCUGGAGCUACCUAUUCGAGAAAACAAUGACUUUGUACGGUGGCUUAUGACACGACAGGACCUGCGCCCACUCCGGGUCCGCUUCAAAGACAGCUACAUCCCGAACGAAGAUGAUGUUGAAUCAUUUUGUAGACUGUACGAAAUACUCCGGGAAUAUUGUGUUGUUGAGCUGCAGGAGGUUACCUUGCGCCAUGAUUCGACGCUUUCAAAUUCAGCAAGUUCUCGUCUGCAGCUCAGCGUGCCAGUGUUCACCACUGGCCUCGUGGAUGACAUAGUUGCCCUAACAGGGGGUACCACGGAAUGAGGAUUGUCAUCUUACAGGUGGUAGUAUAUGCGCACGGACACUUUGUAUUAUAUUUACCCCAGUGCUCGUCUUUGAUCGUGCAAUUCCUCCUUCGCCUGUGGUGUACGCGUAAUUCUCAAAUACCAUUACCU